UUGGCGUUCUGCGCGCGAGGAGAAAACGACAUGUACUUCUCCUGGAAGAUUAUGUCACAUUAAAGGAUUUUGUUGUCUAAAGAUUAUAUUGUCUAAUGACAAUAACUAAUUGCCCAAUAGUUGUCUUCAUCUCAGCCGCGAUGAGCGAUGGAGAGAGAGAGAGGAACAGCUGUGGCAGAGAGACAGUGAAGGGAAGAGGAUCUCAGUGAGAGUCAGAUGCUUCAUCAGGCAGGAGCAGACAGAAGUCAGCCGUAGAAAACAUUGGGAAGAGAGGAUGGCCAGUAUAAAGGAAUAUAUGUAAAAGAAAUAUGAAGGAACAUCUUUGUAUGCUCUGACAACUGGCUUUAUUACAGAUCAGAAUGGGAAAUACAGAUAGUCAUUCUAGCAAUUUCAUCAUCCCUGGUAAGGGAAAAUCUAGCUCCUUGAAGCUGCACACCUCAAAAGAGGAGGCACUCUCCCCACAUUCUUGGUGGAGGAGCACUAAAAGCACCUCUGGAUACAAGGCCAAAAAUGGAUUUUCACCACACAAGAACAGCCAACCUUACAUCUCCCACCAUUAUGACUGCAUUAAAGGGGGAUCAAGUGACAAAGUACCUUCAGAGAGACACAAAGACUAUGACAACCUUUUUUUCCAGGGAAAUGGAUUCUUUGUAGGCUACAAACAACAGACUGGAGCCCUCCAGGCCCCAAUGAAGAGAACCAGUUCUGAGAUUAAAGACUGUAAGAGCAGUCCCAAAGUUGUUUUUCGUGAGGAUGGAAGUCUGAGGGUAGAGUUUACCAAUGCACGGAGGGAGGCGGAUGUUGUGUCUUUGGGCAGCUGUCUCAGUGGACCUGUUGAUGCUACCCAAAGGGCCAGUAAUGGGAGCUCUCUUAGCUCUGAGGGUUCAUGGUAUGAUUCGCCAUGGGGGAAUGGAACAGAAGAUCUAUGUGAUAACGUCUUCACCACCAACCAACCUUCGGACAACAGUAGUGGAUAUACCACACUCUCAUCCACACGUACUGUAGAUUUUGGAUGUUUUAAUGGAUACAAUACAGCACAAUCUGAGAAACAUAUGGACAACCCCACCUGCCAAGCCACAGUUCAUGGCAGUCAGUAUGCAAGCAGUGAUUGCAAUAGUAAUGGGUACAAUGCUAACAGAGCUGAGGAGGACAGUGGUAUUGGAGACUCUGUGCUCCUUCAUUUGGAACAUAAUGGAUUAUCUGAAAUUUACACAAAACCCAACAUGACUGUGCCAUUCCCUACCGUGGGCAUCCUAGCGUCGGAACAGCUUGAGGAGACUCCUCACCUUCAAGUCUCACUGACUGCUUCCAUGGAUGUGAACUCCCAGGAUGAGAGUCAGAAAACCCAGAAUUACACCUCACAAACCCUUCCAUGCAGAAAAGCAGUUCCUGAUGGCAAUGCAAGGAAGGACUCGCUCAAGAGUCGCAUCCGCCGCCUCAGCGAUUGGACAGGAAGUCUGAGCAGGAAGAAGCGAAGGCUGCAGGAACCAAGUACUCUGGACUUUACAGAGGUUGUCAGCUGUGGAGCUGGGGGCACACUAGAGGAAUCCAGACCAUUUUGGAAUCCCAUGUCUUCCCAAACACAGUUGGGCUGCCCUGGUUCCUCAUCGGGCCCAUUUGGACAGCAGAACCAGGGUGCAGCCUUCAGGAAGAACAUCUAUGAGAACUUUAUGCAGGGCUUAGAGACUGGCAGCAGCAGUGGAACUGCUGAUGGACUCCAGGUCUGGGAGGGUGAAGGAGAAAGCAGCAGUGGCUCAAUGGGCUCCUUGGAGCAGAUGGACCUCCUGUUUGAGAAGGAGCAAGGUGUUGUACGGAGGGCUGGUUGGUUGGCUUUUAAGCCCCUCAUUAACCUCCACAAGGACCGCAAACUGGAGCUGGUAGCAAGGCGCAAGUGGAGGCAGUAUUGGGUCACGCUAAAAGGCUGUACACUUUUGUUGGGUGAAUCCAAUGGAAAGACCACCCCUGAGCAGGAAUGCUCACCACGUUAUGCAGUGCUUGCCGAGGACAGUAUUGUGCAGGCAGUUCCCGAGCAUCCCAAGAAAGAGCAUGUCUUUUGCCUCAGCAAUGCCUAUGGAGAUGUCUAUCUCUUUCAGGCUGCUAAUCAAACAGACCUGGAGAACUGGGUGACGGCCAUCCAUUCUGCCAGUGCAUCACAUUUAGCUAAGCGUCAGAGGAAGGAGGACACUCUGCGUUUGCUGAAGGGCCAAAGCAGAGCUCUCCUGCAGAAGAUCGACAUGGAUGGGAAAAUGAAGAAGAUGGCAGAGCUGCAGCUGUCUGUCAUCAGCGACCAGAAGAACAGGAAGGCUAUUGAGAGCCAGAUCCUGCAAUGGGAACAGAACCUGGAAAAGUUUAAUUUAGAGCUCUUCCGCAUGCGCUGUUACCUGGCUAGCCUGCAGGGCACAGAGCUGCCCAAUCCAAAAAGCCUACUAGCCACCGCUGGACGCCCAUCUAAAAUGGUGCUAGGUCGUCUGGGAAUUUUCUCUGUCUCUUCCUUUCAUGCGCUGAUAUGCACUCGUGAUGAAGCCAUCCUGAAGAGACGGUCUCGCUCUCAUCCUCGAGGUAUGCGGAACAAACGAGGACUGCUCUUUUCUUCACAGAAGGGAUUAGACAGUCUGACCAAACGCAACCACGAAAAGAGACAGUCCCUGUCCCAGAUUUUUGAAGGAUAUUCCUCUGGAUCGUUCGGUCAUCCAUCCACACAAAGCAGCUCAGAGCAGAAGUUGGAUGUCUUUACCAAAAUGCACGUGACAGCGCCUCCUGACAGUAACACGUGGGACUGCAGUCUGGAAAGCCGGGUGUUCGUGCUCAUGCCCGACUGUCAGGUCGUCGGUGUGCCAGUCAAACAGGACUCUCUGGUUGCUGAUGUUCUCUCAUUGGCCUGCAAGGCAAAGCAGCUUGACCCAGCUCUGCACUGCCUGCACAUGAAGAGACAUCUGGGACGAGAUGUGGAGAGAAGUGUUCCAGUGCCGACAGACCAGCUGAGGACCCUGGUUUAUGAUGAACUGGAGGUUUUGCCUCUCAAUGUGUUGACCAUAAGCAUGUCCCGGCCGGACACAACCGUAGACUUUGGUUUUGCGGUCACAGGUCAUGUGGAUGGUGCCAGGAGAAGUCAUGUGUAUGUGAGCGAGGUGAAUCCUGAAGGCCUGGCGUUUACUCAAGGUCUGAAAGCUGGAGACGAGAUCUUUUCUCUUAAUGGCGUGAGUGUGGCCUCUCUUGACCUCGGCCUCAUGCAGAGCUUCUUCAGCCAACCAGAACUCCAUCUUAUCCUCAGACGUGUGGAUAACAGCACAGACGACCAAAGCUACGUCUGGCCAGACUGUGACCCCAGUGAACCUGAUCAACCCCAACCUCCUCAGGGCGACAUCAUUCACCUGGAGCAGUUGGGCACAGGUCCAGCUCAAGAGCAUGAAUUUCCAGAGGGCUCCACGGCGCCUGGUUUGGAGGAGGUGAACGAUAAGGCAGAGCGGGGCGGAAAGAACCCAGAGACAGUGUGUAAUCUCUACCAGACGUCCCCUGAAGGCUCCGUUCUUUUGCCAGAGGGCCACAGGACCCCUUACUCCACUGAAAAUGCCCACACCAGAUCCUCCCCUCGUCACAUGUCCGUCACAGAGCGCCUGCGCAUGGUCAUUCAAGAGCUGGUGGACACGGAGAAAUCGUAUGUCAAGGACCUUGGAUCUCUGUUUGAGAUUUAUCUGAAGCCAUUACAAAGAGAAACCUUCCUUAGUCAUGAUGAGAUGGAGUCUCUGUUCGGCAGCCUGCCAGAGAUGCUGGACUUCCAGAGGGUUUUCCUACAAACCCUAGAGGAGAGGACAACUUCCUCACCAGACUACCACGCACUAGAGACUCCAGAGAAACUCAGGAAACUCCUCUUCUCCCUGGGCGGCUCUUUCUUAUACUACGCAGAUCACUUCAAGCUUUACAGCGGCUUCUGUGCCAAUCACAUUAAGGUGCAGAAAGUUCUCAAAAGAGCAAAAACAGACUGGGCAUUCAAAGAGUUCCUGGAGGCGAGGAACCCCACCAAACAGCACUCGUCCACCCUGGAGUCGUACCUCAUUAAACCCGUGCAGAGGGUUCUGAAGUACCCACUGCUGCUGAGGGAGCUGGUGUCUCUCACCGACCCCGAGAGCGACGAGCACAGCCACCUCACAGAGGCAUUAAAGGCCAUGGAGAAGGUGGCCAGUCACAUAAAUGAGAUGCAGAAGAUCUACGAGGACUACGGCACAGUGUUUGAUCUGCUAGUAGCAGAGCAGAGCGGCCCUGAGAAAGAGGUCACGGAGAUCUCUAUGGGAGAGUUCAUCAUUCACAGCUCAGCGUUCUGGCAAAACCCUCUGCCCUCUUUGGGCCGCAUGAGAAAAGACCCUGAACUCACCCUCUUCCUCUUCAAGAGUGCACUCGUUUUGGUGUAUCGGGAAAGCAAGUUAAAAAAAAGAAUGACGUCUUCACGACCCGGGGAUCUGGAUCCGUUUAAAUUCCGCUGGCUCAUUCCUGUUUCAUCCCUUCAGGUCCGACCUGGAAAUUCAGCAGGGUCAGAGAACCCCUGUGUUUGGGAGGUUGUCCACACAAAAUCUGAGUUGGAGGGACGACCAGAGAUGUCCUUUCAGCUCUGCAGCAGUAAUCUUGAGAACAAGGCUAAUGCGGUGAGGGCCAUCCGCACUCUUCUGAGAGAGAACACCAAGCGGACGGCUCCAGCUGAGCGACCAUUCAAAGAUCGAAACUCUAACUUCACCUUCCCCAGGAGAAACCACCCAGGAGCGCUCAGAACAAACUCCUGGCAGCGGCUGCCGCCACCGUCAGAUGGGACACAAACCUUAGACUCAGAGGAGGGCAGACUGCUUGAUGGAUACGCUCACUCCGAACCUCCCCUCAAGCCCUCAAGAGGCCAGGGCUCUACUCAGAGCAAGAGAUCCACAUUGUGCUCUCUGACCAGCGCUUUGGAAGCUCAACUCCAGAGACUGAACUUUGCAGAGGAGCCAGGAGGAAUGAGCAGGAGCAGUACCAGCAGCCUUCAGGGCAGUCAGGUGACUCUUCUGGACGAGACUCCAGGCCUGGACCUCAACACCCUGCUGGCCAGGGACUACAGCGUGCAGACUUUCAGUUCCGUGGUUAACGAGGAUUGUUUUUACGACACGGUCAUGGGCAUCCAGAAAGCUGCCAUCCCCACCCUGUAGAGGAAGUCGGUGCUAUAAAGAUUAAAUGCACUAAAACAUGGUUAGCGUGCCUUCAUAUGAACAGAUUUUCAAAUAUAUCUGUAUAGCACAAAAAUCUAGUGAGCUGCCAACCUGGAUGCCAUUAUACAAGAUAAUAGGUCAAUAUUGUAGUUAUGCUGCCUUCUGAGGCACCUUGCUUUGCUCAAAUUCUAAGGCAGUAUUACAUAUUCUUAUCAGAAAUGAUCUAAGAUGACAAUAAAUGAACUUAUUAAAUAC